ACAUUAUUUUAAUCUCAUGCAACAGUGCAAAUAUUGUAUUCACUCUAUAAGAAUAAUAAAUUCAAAUCCUAUCUUUCUCAAACUAUCUUCUGGCAAAAGAAAGUCAUUUGAGUUUUGGCUUCACUCAACAGCAUUUCAUAAUCUGUUUGAAAAGUCAAUAUCCACCAACUGAUCUAUUUAAAAGCGAAAAAAACAGCAGAUAAACGCUAGAAGUUGAAGUUGUGUCGUGAAAAAUUGACAGGAAAUGUUUCUCACUGCAAUUCGCAUCAAUAGUUUGAAAAAAUAUAUGAAAUGUUGAUAAUUUCAGUAAAAAAUCGUACAACUUCAAUAAUUGCAGUGAAAUGGACGACGCUGAGCGCUCGGAUGAAUUAUUUGAAAAAAGCGAAGAAGAAUUCUUGGAUAAACUAAGUACGGUCUUAAAUUCCGCCGGGAACAAUCUUCACAAAUUUGUUGAGGAACAACCGAAUAAUUAUUUAAAUUCAGAUUUAGAUCGAUGCUUGCAAAGUGUUGAAGUGGCAACACGAAAAUUACAUACAAACGUGCAUUUACUAGUAGAUCCUGUAAUGUCGACAAAAACGAAAGAGACCAUAAAAAUGACUGAACUGCAAUCCCGUUACGACGAUCUCUAUUCUAAAUGGCAAAGUCAACAGAGACAACUGGAAAGUACACAGGCAGAAAUAUUUCGGCUGAAAAAUCAAAUAAUGCACCAGAGUACAUUUUGCACAAGUUUAGGAGCUGUUUUGUGCAACUUGCUAUGGCGAGCCUCGUAUUUUACACAAAACGUACACGUCUGGCUAUCCGGGUUUCAGAAUAAAGUUGGUGAAUUCUUGUGUAUAGUAAACGGCUCGUUCGUUUCUUUCAUCAAUACCUAUGGAGACGGUCUACCGUCAAUGAAUAGCGACGAAUUUCAAUUCAUAAUGGGUCUCCUUGGUAUUGUAACAAACAUGUCGUCGACUCCUGAAGGAAGAGAAUUUUUAAUCACAAACACAAAUGGCAAGGACCUCGUGCAGAAACUUGUUAUACGGAUAUCAGGGAUACCUUUGCCCUCAGGGAAUUCAUUAAAGAGACUGAUGCUGAUGAUCCUGUACAACGUGAGUGUCAAUCAAACUGGUUUGCAAUACUUGUUGGAAUUGCGAGUCGGUGAAAUUUUGGGAAAAUGCUUCGAGGAUUCAGUCCCUAUGGAAUUGCAAGUGCGCGCUCUGUGGUUCCUGCAAUCCAUUACGUAUGACCUUAAUGACGCUACGGCCCUGAAGGAUAUACUGAAGGCUGUGCCGAUGAUAAAAAUUGAGAAGAUGACAGAAAACGAGCAGGAUCCAAUGGCACCUAUAGCCAAAGAGAUAUUAGAGAACUUGGAGAAGGCCAAAGCAACGUUAAACUUCGAUGUCAGAAAUAGCACAAAUAUUAAUUAAAGGAGAAGAGAAAAGUAAAGUCCGACGUCUGUCAUUACGUUAAAGUAAUUCCUGUGUCGUUAAUGAUAACUGAUCUUGAAAAAUUGAUGACACUGAAAGAGUUCGUUAAUUCGUCCCUAAAGGUUGUCAUAAAGUUCAGCAGAGUCACAUGAGUUUUCAUUAGGACCUGGCUUGAUCUUUUAGUAUUUCUGUGUUAAAGAAUUUCAAGGUACAUUCAUGAAAAUGAUGGUUUGAACUUUUUACAAGGCAAUCUAAUCAUUGUUAUCCUGGACGAUCAAAUUUUUCAAUUUACUUUGUUACAUGUCUAUGUAAUUGUGAAAGACGUAUCGAUACAGAUUGAAGCGAAGAUAAAAGUCAAGUUAGACACGUAAGGUUGCUCGACACCGAAAGUGAGGCAUCCCGUGUCUCAUCCUUACGAUUCUCGACCGUCAAGUAUAGAUUAAGUCUUUGUAAGACAUAAAGAAAUCUGUGAAUCUCUUGGACGUGCGACACGUUCGAGACUGGUCCUAGGAU